GAUCUCCCGUCAGUUCCUCCUCGUUCCGGGUCCCUGCCGGGCCUGGGGAGAACCUGGAGCCGAUAGGGCUCGGCCCAGGGCUCUCGGGGGGGGCGGCGGGGCAGGCGGCCGUCUCCUGGAGGGUUGCGACCUCCAGCGGGAGCUCGAGGCGGGGCAUGUCUGGGAGUGGCUGCCUGGUCCAGGGGGUACUGCCUGAAGGCGGUUGCCUACCUGUUGGGCUGGUUGUUUCCUGCCCUGGGGCCGGCACGGUCGAGCUGUCAGCAAAAGAACGCAGCCCCCCACCACUUGGGCCCUCUAACUGGAGGCAAUUGACACAGUUGAAUAAGGCACUGGUCCCACUGCAUGGUAGAAAAAAAUAAUAGUACUCUGGAAAGGAAGAGAAAUGGAAGUGAAAAAGUUGAGCAUUUCCUGGCAAUUCUUGAUAGUUCUGGUUCUGAUCCUGCAAAUUCUGUCUGCGUUGGAUUUUGACCCAUACAGAGUCCUAGGGGUCAGCCGAACAGCCAGUCAGGCUGAUAUUAAAAAGGCUUAUAAGAAGCUCGCCCGGGAAUGGCAUCCUGACAAAAACAAAGAUCCUGGAGCAGAAGACAAGUUCAUUCAAAUCAGCAAGGCUUACGAGAUUCUUUCCAAUGAGGAAAAGAGAUCACAAUACGACCACUACGGAGACGCCGGGGAGAACCAGGGCUACCAGAAGCAGCAGCAGCGAGAGUAUCGCUUCCGCCAUUUCCACGAGAAUUUUUAUUUUGACGAAUCUUUUUUUCACUUCCCUUUUAAUUCUGAGCGGCGGGACUCGAUUGAUGAAAAAUAUUUAUUGCACUUUUCGCAUUAUGUGAAUGAAGUGGUUCCAGAUAGCUUUAAGAAACCCUACCUCAUUAAGAUCACCUCCGAUUGGUGCUUUAGCUGCAUCCAUAUUGAGCCUGUUUGGAAAGAAGUAGUCCAAGAACUGGAAGGAUUGGGCGUAGGAAUCGGCGUGGUCCAUGCUGGGUAUGAGAGACGCCUGGCCCAUCACCUGGGAGCACACAGCACACCCUCUAUCCUAGGAAUCAUAAAUGGGAAAAUCUCCUUCUUCCAUAACGCAGUUGUCCGUGAGAACCUGCGACAGUUUGUGGAGAGUCUUCUUCCAGGGAACUUGGUGGAGAAAGUUACAAAUAAAAAUUAUGUCCGAUUCCUCUCUGGCUGGCAGCAAGAGAACAAACCACAUGUCCUUCUGUUUGACCAGGUGCCCGUGGUACCACUGCUCUACAAGUUGACUGCUUUUGCUUACAAAGAUUACUUGUCAUUUGGAUAUGUGUACGUUGGUCUGCGAGGGGCGGAAGAGAUGACGAGGCAGUUCAACAUCAAUGUCUAUGCCCCCAGCAUCUUGGUCUUUAAAGAACACAUACACAAGCCUGCCGACGUUAUCCAGGCCCGAGGUAUGAAGAAGCAGGUCAUCGAUGACUUCAUCACCCAAAACAAGUACCUGCUGGCGGCCAGGCUCACCAGCCAGAAGUUGUUCCAUGAACUCUGCCCCGUAAAGCGGUCUCACCGACAGAGGAAGUACUGUGUGGUUUUACUGACCACUGAGGCUGCCAAGUUGAGUAAACCCUUCGAGGCCUUUCUGUCCUUUGCUCUGGCAAACACACGAGACACAGUGAGAUUCGUGCACGUCUACAGCAAUCGGCAGCAGGAGUUUGCCAACACCUUACGACCAGACAGUGACGCGUUUCGAGGAAAAUCUGCGGUAUCUAUCUUAGAAAGGCGCAACACGGCGGGUAGGGUGGUGUACAAAACGCUGGAGGAUCCCUGGACUGGGAGCGAGAGCGAUAAGUUCAUCCUUUUGGGUUAUCUUGACCAGCUGCGGAAAGACCCAGCUCUUCUGUCCUCGGAGGCUGUGCUCCCCGACUUGACCGAUGAGCUUGCCCCUAUCUUUCUCCUCCGGUGGUUCUACUCUGCUGCUGGCUACGUCUCAGACUGCUGGGACAGCUUAUUUCACAGCAACUGGCGGGAAAUGAUGCCCCUUCUGUCCCUGGUCUUCUCUGCCCUCUUCAUCCUCUUCGGCACUGUCAUCAUUCAGGCUUUCAGUGACUCAAACGAUGAGCGGGAGUCCAGCCCUCCAGAUAAAGAGGAAGCCCAUGAGAAGACCGGGAAGACAGAGCCAAGCUUCACCAAGGAGCAUAGCAGCAAGAUUCCUAAAAAAGGCUUCGUGGAGGUAACUGAACUCACAGAUGUAACGUACACCAGUAACUUGGUACGCCUGAGGCCAGGCCACAUGAAUGUGGUCCUUAUCCUGUCAAAUUCCACCAAGACCAGCCUGCUGCAGAAAUUCGCUUUGGAGGUCUACACAUUCACUGGGAGCAGCUGCCUCCAUUUUUCCUUCCUGAGUCUAGAUAAACACAGAGAAUGGCUAGAAUACUUACUAGAAUUUGCUCAAGAUGCAGCCCCAAUCCCAAACCAGUAUGACAAGCAUUUCAUGGAACGGGACUACACUGGCUACGUCCUGGCUCUGAAUGGCCACAAAAAAUACUUCUGCCUCUUCAAACCCCAAAAAACAGUCGAGGAGGAGGAAGCCAUGGGGUCGUGCAGUGAUCUUGACUCCUCCCUCCAUCUGGGUGAAUCUCGAGGGAAAACUUCCUAUGGCCUUGGAUCCAAGCCCAUCAAAGGAAAAUUGAGCAAGUUGUCCUUAUGGAUGGAACGGCUGCUGGAAGGCUCCUUACAGAGGUUUUAUAUCCCGUCAUGGCCUGAACUAGACUGAGAAGAUUUCAAAAAGAGACUUAAACUCUUCAGACUUUUUAACAGGCCCCCUUGAACAGGUAUUUUCAGGACUCAAACAAUUGCAAAGGACAGAGUAUAGAUUUUAGCUUAUUCUUCUAGAACAAUGGCUAGAAGAAUCUUUCCUUUGUCCUCUUCUAACCUAGGAGUGAAAAACACCGCCCGUUGAAUUCCCUAGAGCAAAAGAUUUUCCUUUGGGUGUCUUUUUUCCCCUCAUUUGAAUGCCGCACUAUUUAAAACAGACUGCUCAUUCUCUCUCUCUGUCAUCCCCACCACAUGCUCGCCCUCCCCUGUCCUGCCUCUGUGCUGUGGGAGAAGCACGGGCCUCAACCCUGCAGCGGAACCUGGAGGGACCCUCGCGAGCCUGGUGUGCUGGUCAGGUCAUUUCCCGCCUCCACCCUGCCACGCCUCCCCAGCCCGCCCUCACCCCACCCACCCCCCACCCCACCCCUGCCUGGCCUGUGCUGGGCUUCUGCCUCAGUGGAUGCUGUAGCAAUGGGACAACCCACGGCAGCUUCUGGGCCCUGCAUCUCAGAAGAGGCCUAGUUCCAAGUCUUACAUUAAUAGUUUCCCUGGUAGCAAAUGGCUAAAAGUACAUUUUGGGGGUAUCCCCCUACAACAGUUUGUCAGCCACGGUUUUAAAAGCAUAGGGUUGAGUUGGGGGUUCUGCAUGUAAGUUUGGGUUUCUUCCCAAGACAAGAGAGAAGGGUCAGCUGGUCAGAGACUGAAGCGAUGCCUCAGUGAGCAUCUUGGCAGCCGCCUCCCCAGCACUAAAGGUAGCCGGGGAGGGAUCUGCACAGCAAGCAGUACUGUAAUGACCUUGAGCCAUUUGCGAGUAUGUUUCCAGAUGCCUUUCUGCCUCUGUCAGUUUUAGGGUAUGGGUAUUAGGAGCCAUAACUUGUAAUCUUCUCUGAACAUAGAGAUGAGCUGCUAUAAGCCAGUAGAUGUUCAACUGAAGACAUUAUUCCUGCCAUGAGUCAGGUUCAGAGAACCUCUUCCCUCCAGCGGUGUCUCUUUAGUAAAAUACCAGACAUGUCUUUGUAUCAAGGAACUUAAAAUUUCUCAACAAUUGUAUUUUGAACACUGUUACCCUCAAAGUGCUGUAUCUUCCCGUCCUCUUUCAUGAGCCAAUACUUGUUUUAGACUCCUGUUUUGCUUACGUUGAGCUUCUGGCCUAUAUUUUGAUGUCUCAUCUUAAUUGUUUUCACUCUUAACCUGCAACUGCUUCACUGGUAACAGGGUGAGACCUGUCAUCAGCAACCUAGCCCACUCAGUUCCAGUGAACAGUGGGCUCCGGGCAGGAUCGUACCAGCGAGUUAGAGAGCUUACCUUUUCUUUUUAGAGCAAAUCACCAGUGGAGUUUGGACAACCUCAGAGAGUUCAAAUGUCAAAGCAUAUUGUCCUUUUGUAAAGUGAAGAGUCAAAAAUCACUGAUGGGACAAAAUAGGUUAGUAAUUUCUUUAAUCAUAACUGCUUUAAACUAAGCCAUUUGGACCCUGAAUAAUUUAAAUAUUGAGCUUACAGUGGCACGUAAUAAAUUACUUGAGCCCAGAAAUUCCUGCAGUUUUCAUGGAAUCUAUAGCUUUAUUUUAAAAACUAAAGAAAUCACUGCCAGACUUUAUUUUUCCACAUGCUCCUCUAAAAAUGGAUGUAUAUUCUGAUUGUCAUAUCUCAUGGCACCUGGCCCAGGUAAAAGUGAUCAAGGAAUUCAUUUUUGGCUCCUUGAUGCACCAAGUACUUAAAAAAAUUUUUUUCUGUCUUUUAUGGCCGAGUUGCUUAUAUGAGUAGUGUUUUGGUUCAGUGGUACUUUUUUUUUUUUAAUUUCUGGUACUAAUGGGAUUCCUGACCUUAAUUUCUGAAAACCAAAAAAUCCCCAGAUUUUUUCAUUAAAAAAAUUUUUAUCAUUGAAAUAAAAAGCACCUUCAGACA